AUGGCGAAUGUUCCGUUUUUGGGUUUGAAAACUCAUUCACAAAAGGUUUGCAGUCUUUUUAAAAGGACUUUGCGGAAUUUAGAGGCAUUUUACGACAGACGAAAUGUGUACCGAUAUCAAGCAGUGCUUAUGCGAGAACGCUUCGACAAGAACGCCCAGGUGAAAGACAUGCGAGUAGCAACACAAUUGCUCAAACAAGGUGAAGAAGAGCUGUUCUUACAACAACAUUCUAUCCCAAGGAAAUUUCCUCUGAGUCCUGGUGGAGUUGCCUAUGAGCGUGUCGUGCAAUCCCCUGACUGGGUAUUGGACUACUGGCAUCCACUAGAGAAGGCACAGUAUCCAGAGUAUUUCAAGAGACGUGAAGAGCGCAAGAAAGAGUUCAUUGCUAUGUGGGAGAAGGAAUAUGGAAAGGAAGAAAAAAAAGAUCAGCACCACUAA